AUGUACAUCACCCUCUACUACAUAGUCACCCUGCUCCCUCACUCUCUUCGGGUAGUCAGGGACCACUUCCUCUCUGUUUGCCCCACCACUCUCACCGUUGACCUCCUCGAGAAGGCCGUCCUAGCGAUAGAGAAGAGCAUAGUUGCUGUAGGAGCCUCUCGUGGUGACCCUCGAACCCCCGUCUUUGAGGGGUGUUCUCCCUCCCCCUCUUGCCCUCUGUUGCCUCUGCUGCUGCGGCCGACCUCGUUGGUUUCGAGUCGGUCGGCGCUGCGUCUGCCCCGAGCGGGAGACGCCGCACCAGCAAGGGCAAGGGGGGCAAGGGCACUGGAGGGGGUGGAGGGGGCGGUGGAGGUGGUGGUGGAGGCGGUGGAGGGAGUGCGGGUGGUGGUGGGAGUGGUGGCGGGGGUGGCAGCGGCGGCGGCAGCAGUGGAGGCGGCGGAGGCGGUGGAGGUGGCGGAGGGAGCGGAGGCGGCGGAGGUAGUAGAGGAGGCGGAGGUGGAGGAGGCGGCGGAGGCAGCAGAGGCGGCAACGGCGGAGGCGCCGGUGGUGGAGCGAGUCGCGACUUUGCGCCGAGGAGUGGCGCUGGUGGUGGUCAGCGCCAGCAGCAGCAGCGGGGUGGCCGAGGUUGCUAUCUUUGAUCUUGUCUUUGAUGCUAUUCUUGCUGCCCUAUAUGUUGUUGCUGGUAGUGUUGAGAGUGCCUGUUACCUGUGUGUACCGCCUGACCCGGGCAUAGAGGCUGCUGCGCUAGGUGCUGGUGAGGCUGCUACUCUAGGUGCUAGUGCGUCUGCUGCCCCAGGUGCCAGUGCGUCUGCCGCCCCAGGUGCUGGUGUGUAUGCUCUCUCAGGUACUACGUCGGCUCAGGCCUUCCACACCUUCACCUUGGACUCGGGUGCGUCCCGCUCCUUCUUUCGAGACCGCACCACUCUUACGCCGCUUAGUCGGCCUGUUGCAGUCUCCCUGGCAGACCCCUCUGGGGGUCUUGUCCUUGCUAGCUUCUCCACUUUCCUUCCGUGCCCUGCAGCCCCCUCUGGCACCCUGUGUGGUCUCUACCUCCCCUCGUUCUCUACGAGCUUGGAGAGUGGAGCAGACCUACAGGAUCGAGGGGUUGACCAGUUCACUCGUGCGAGUCAGCGAGUGACUCACUGCACGUGUGCUCGGACAGGCCGACACUUGGCUACGUUCACCCGUAGGCCAUGGUCGAGCCUGUACACCCUUACUGCUGAGUCUCCUCCUACUGCUGAGUCUGCCCAGGUAGCUGCGUCGAGUCAGGUGUUUGCUGCGGCGUCCAGCCGUACCUGCGUCCCCUGCGUUGAGGGGCGACAGCGCGACGCCCCUCACUCCUCCAAGUUUCCUCCGACAGAGGCUCCGCUGCAGACUCUACACAUGGACGUGUGGGGCCCAGCCUGCGUUAGUGGAGGCGGGGAGUUUUCCUCUGCCCGUCUGGGAGCCUUCUGCCGUGCACAGGGCAUCCGCCAGACCUUCACGCUUACGGCCUCUCCACAGCAAAAUGGGAUUACUGAGCGCCGCAUUGGCAUGGUCAUGGACGUCGUGCGUACGUCCAUGAUGCAUGUGGCUGCCCCCCAUUUUCUGUGGCCGUUUGCGGUUCAGUACGCCGCGCAUCAGCUCAACCUUCAACUCCAGGUCUCCUUGCCAGAGAUCUCCCCCGCCUUGCAGUGGACUGGAAAGGUUGGCGAUGCGUCUGCGUUUCGGGUCUGGGGAUCUCGGGCGUUUGUCCGCGACUUAUCUGCAGACAAGCUGUCCCCCCGUGCUGUUCCUUGCGUCUUCCUUGGCUUCCACCCCGACGCGCCUGGCUGGCAGUUUUACCACCCCACCACGCCCCGUGUUCUUUCCUCCCAGGACGUCACCUUUGACGAGUUGGUGCCUUACUACCGUCUCUUCCCCUACCGCACUGCGCCCCUCCCCCCGCCGCCGCUCUACCUUGCGCCAGGUGCUACCCAGGUAGACCCCCUCCCUCCUCAGGGUCCUGCCCCUUCUAGUGUGUCCUAG